UGAAUAAUAAAAUGGGUUUGGUCUGUAUACACCAACUUGAUAAAACUAAACACAUCACAUUUGUAGGCUGAUAACAAAAAACAAUGGCAUUCCUUCCUUUGACUUUUUAAUCUUAAUUUUUCUUCGCAACAUUCACAGUUAGUUUUCCUUUGGCAUAUGAGAUGAGACUGAAAUGGCAGAAACUGCAGUAUUAUUUGUCCUGGGGGAAGUGUUGGAAUUCCUAAAAGAAGAAACAAAUCUCCUGAGUGGUGUGCACAAAGAUUUUUUAGACAUCAAAGAUGAACUUGAGAGCAUUCAAGUCUUCCUCAAAGAUGCAGAUAUAAGAGCUGCAGAUGAAGCAGACACCAAUGAUGGAAUAAGAACUUGGGUGAAGCAGCUGAGAGAAGCAUCAUUUCGCAUUGAAGAUAUCAUCGAUGAAUACCUUCGGCUCAUGCAUAGGGCAAAAUCCAAUCCUUCUGGAUGCCGUCAAUCUUUAUUCUGCAAGAUUGCAAGCCUAAUCAAAACUUUGAUUCCCCAUCAUCAGAUAGCAUCUGAGAUUAAAAACAUUAAGAUAUCAAUUCGUGGAAUCAAGGAAAGAAGUGAGAGGUAUAACUUUCAAAUUUCACAGACACCAGGAUCAUCAAGCAGCAGCAACAGCAGUAGAGAGACGGACAAUAGAAGAUGGCAUGAUCCUCGGUUGUCUUCCCUUUUCAUUGAAGAAACUGCAAUUGUCGGAUUUGAAGGCCCGAGGGAAGAAUUGUCUGGUUGGUUAUUGGAGGGCACAGCUGAGCGCACAGUGAUUUCAGUGGUUGGAAUGGGAGGUCUAGGAAAAACCACUCUUGCGUGCUUGCAUCACCGUUUCUCAAUCAUUCACCGUGAGGGGGAUAUUGAUCAACAUGAUGGAGGAAUUUUGUAGCGAAACUGAAGGCCCUCUUUUGCAGAUGUUACACAAAAUGGAUGACAAGUCACUCAUUCUACAAGUGAGGCAAUACCUGAAACAUAAAAAGUAUUUGAUAUUCUUCGAUGAUGUAUGGCAAGAAGAUUUUUCCGACCAGAUUGAAUUUGCCAUUCCAAAUAACAAUAAAGGUUGUAGGAUCAUAAUCACCACUAGAAUGAUGCAAGUUGCAGAUUUUUUCAAGAAAUCUUUUCUAGUUCAUGUUCACAACUUGCAACUUUUGACACCAAACAAAGCAUGGGAACUCUUCUGCAAGAAAGCAUUCAGAUUUGAGCUUGGUGGGCAUUGUCCACCAGAGCUUAAGUUCAUGUCAAAAGAAAUUGUUCGAAAAUGCAAGCAGCUACCCCUGGCAAUUGUAGCCGUCAGUGGUCUACUUUCAACAAAAGCUAAAACCGUGACUGAAUGGAAAAUGGUGAGUCAAAACCUGAACCUGGAGUUGGGACGUAAUGCCCAUUUAUCUAGUCUAACAAAGAUUUUAUCUCUGAGUUAUGAUAGCCUGCCCUACUACUUGAAACCAUGCAUUUUGUAUUUUGGUAUAUAUCCUCAAGACUAUUCUGUUAAUAAUAAGAGAUUAACUCGACAAUGGAUAGCCGAAGGGUUUAUUAAAUGUUAUGAGAGACGAACUCCAGAGGAAGUUGCAGAGGAGUACUUGUCUGAAUUGAUUCAUAGAAGUUUAGUUCAAGUCUCAAUUGUUGAAGGGAAAGUUCAAACAUGUCAAGUCCAUGAUUUAUUCUGGGAAGUUCUCAUCAGAAAAAUGAAGGACUUAAGUUUCUGUCAUUGUGUGCAUGAUGAUGGUGAAUCAAUCGUGGUUGGAAGCACUAGACGCCUAUCUAUAUCCACUAAUCUCAACAAUGUGUUGAAGAGCACUAACAAUUCACAUUUUCGUGCUAUUCAUGUUUUGGAAAAAGGUGGAUCAUUGGAGAAUUUGAUGGGUAAACUGUGUUCGCAGUCUAGCAUUUUGAAGGUACUUGACAUUCAAGGUACAUCAUUGAAUCAUAUUCCUAAAAAUCUGGGAAGUCUUUUUCACUUGAGGUACAUAAACCUAAGCUAUACUAAUGUACAAACUCUUCCUAAAUCUGUUGGUGAGCUACAGAAUUUAGAGACAUUAGAUUUAAGAGAAACACUUGUGCAUGAACUACCACAUGAAAUAAACAAGUUGGAAAAGCUACGGAACCUUCUUGUUCGCCAUAGUAACUACAAAGGAAAUUAUUCUCUUUUGGGCUAUACAACUGGUGUGAGGAUGCAAAAAGGUAUUAAAAUCUUGACUUCCCUUCAAAACCUUUAUCACGUGGAGGUAGAUCAUGGGGGAGUAGAUCUCAUUCAAGAGAUGAAAAUGCUAAGGCAGUUAAGGAGGUUAGGCUUAAGUCAAGUAAGACGAGAACAUGGGAAUGCCUUAUGUGCUGCAGUAGCAGAAAUGAAACACCUUGAAUAUCUUAAUAUCUCUGCAAUAUCUGAGGAUGAAAUCAUCGACUUGAACUGUAUAUCAUCCCCUCCCCAACUUCUGCGGCUACAUUUGAAAGCUAGACUACAAAAGUUGCCUGAUUGGAUUCCAGAACUUGAGUGCCUUGUUAAGGUAAGACUGAGUUUUUCUAUGUUGAACUAUGAUCCACUGCAGUCACUCAAAAACUUGCCGAAUCUGGUUAGUCUUUGUUUGUGGGACAAUUGCUAUGAUGGUGAAAUUUUUCAUUUUCAAAAUGGAGGGUUUCUUAAACUGAUGACACUGAACCUCCGUUGCUUGUAUAAAGUAAACUCGGUUGUUAUUGACAAUGGAACCUUGCUCUCUCUCGAACAUCUUACUCUGGAAAAAAUCCCCCAACUGAAGGCGGUACCCUCUGGCAUCAAACUCAUGCAUAAACUCAAAGAUAUUCACGUCACUGAUAUGCCAGCUGAAUUUGUUGAAAGCUUUGAUCCAGAUAAAGGGCAAGACUACUCGAUUAUCAAGCAUGUUCCUCUUGUAUUCGUUCGUCACUCGCAUGGCCCGAACUUAUUCGAUUAUGACAUACGCACUAUUCACUCGUCUUCCAAGGAGUCAUAAUCAAAUUGAGAAUGCUCGGAUGUCUAGCAAGUUUCAAAAGAUGAAGUGGACAGACGUUUGGGUUCUUCGUGAUACAGCUCCAAGAUGACAUAUUUCGUUCUAUGUUGCUUCAAUUAAAAAUAAAAUGUUUCCUUCUCAUCCUGCAAUUAUCUAGAAAAAUGUGGAUUCCAUUCACUCACUGAGUGACUUUGGCUUUUGUUUUAUAUUUGUGUCAUUGGUGGUGUUUUAUAAUUUGGUUGUAAUCAAGACAUUUCUUUCCUACUUUUGCUAUGUUUGGUGUUAAGACUGGUGGGGGUUUUUCUUCUACCUUUGUAAUAAUAAUCAAAACUAUUGUUGUUAAAAUCCUGAUCAGAAUCGUUAAAUCCUACAGUUUUGCGACUUUGUUCUUCCUAACCAAUCUGAAUCUUAAGUGGAAUCCUAAACUAUGCAAAGUCUGUUCAAAAUCGUUUAUGUUUAAGCGAUUUUGUUCUGCCUUAUAAUUGGCGCGUUCGUGAUGCAUGUAAUAUUGGUUUGUAGCAUCUAGGUUUUGCGUAUUUUGUGGAAUUGGUUGUUUUAUAUUUAAGAUUUGAGACUAUUAGUUGUUAAUGUUUAAUCUUUGUUACCAGUUUGUUUUAUGUUUAAGAUUUGAGACUGAGUUGUUGAUGUUUAUGAUUUGAGACUUGGUUGUUUUAUGUUUGCAAUAAGAUUUCAAACUUUAAGUAGUGUAUGCACUUUCUAGUUGAUAUUUAAUAUUAUUUAAGUAGAAUGCUUCGAUUUUGGUCGCGAUCUUCGAUUUUGCGAUCUUGCUAUCCCCUUUUCGAUUCUACAAAAUCAAUGCAGUAGAAUCCUUUGAUUUUGGUUGCAAUUUUAGGUUUUGCGAUCUUGCUAUCAUCUUUUCGAUAUGAAGCAAAAUCUCAAUUGUGAUAACCUUGAUCAAAACCACUUCAUCUGAAUGAAUAUGUUAACUUUGCUUACCAAGAUUGAUGCUACUAUCAUAAUCUUGCUAUAACUACAAAUAACUGAAUGAUUUGAAGUUAAUUGAGAGGACAUGAAUGUGUCUCAGCCAACCGCUUUCAUCCAUCAUCUCUUCAUUAAAUUUGAAAACUGAAAAAGCCUUAAUUGGCCUGGUUUCAGUUCAAAUUGACCUUUUCGCCAGCUACUAACCGAAGUCAGACACUUUGCUCUUCAUCUACACAUCAAGUUUCAUAUUGCAUACUUUCUAAUAUACGUAGAUGAUGACAUGCUGCUUGUGUGGAAUGAAUCCAAGUUUCUGCAAGCGGUUCAAGAAAUCACUUGCUUGCUACCACAUUCUCUUCAAAGGAUCGUGGUCCAUCAGCUCACCUAUUAGGUGCUGAAACUUUUCGUGAUUCCAGUGGACCCUUCCUAACUUCUGUAAGCAGAUAUGAGCUACCUUGGCAGGUUCUAAACUGAUUUCAACAUCCAUGGCCACUUCCUAAAGUCUGGUUGGUUCCUUGCAUUAUCUAACAUCCAUCACUCGGAUUUUACAUUUUCAGCCAACAAAUUUUUCCAGCAUAUGCAAUCACAAACUUCAGAAAGACAUUCAUGCAUUGAAGCCUAUUCUAUAAUGUCUCAAAUCAACCAUUUCACAUGGAAUUUAUCUAAUCAAUGCAUAGCUUACAACAUUUUGUGAUUCUGGUUGGGUAUGUAUGACGAAGAGACACUCAAGACAGAAAAAGUCAUUUACUUUGGUCCCAACGUGAUUUGAUGAUCUUGUAAAAUGCAACCAGCAGAAAACAGGUGCAACUUAUCUGUGUGCUAAAUCCACAUUCCAUUCCACAUGGAACACUUUACCAUAGACUCAAGUCAAUGGAUCUCCCUCCAUUUUGUGGGGGCAUAUAGGUGCUCUUCUUUAGUUAGUUAUAUUCAAUCUUACAAGUUUAUUUAUUUUCAAAAUACUAUCUGUUUGUUAAGGUUGUAUUUUUCUAUUAUCCAUUCGUCAUCCCUGUUUAUUUUA